GCAGAACCUUUACCUGGCUGCUUCCUUCUCGAUUCCACCGGUGGCAGGUAUUUUCUGAGACGUAAGCUGGCACCAUGCCACAGGAUGUCAAGACCGAUGUUCCCAAAGUCCUUGAUAAAACCACACCAGGACUUCAGAUGUGGAGAGUGGAGAACAUGGAGCUCGUGCCUUGUCCACCAAAAACAUAUGGACAGUUUUUUGAAGGAGACAGCUAUGUAAUACUCUACACUCACAAGACCAGCAACAACUACACCUACGACCUCCAUUAUUGGCUGGGCAAGGCCGCCUCCCAGGAUGAGCAGGGAGCAGCAGCGAUAUACACCACGCAGAUGGAUGAACACCUAGGGGGCGUUGCUGUGCAGCAUCGUGAAACCCAGGGCCAUGAGAGCGCCACCUUCCAAGGAUACUUCAAACAGGGCAUCAUAUACAAAAAAGGUGGAGUCGCAUCUGGGAUGAAACAAGUGGAGACAAAUACGUACAACAUUCGCAGACUGCUGCAUGUGAAGGGAAAUAAGCAUGUGGUCGCAGGAGAGGUGGAAAUGAGCUGGAACAGCUUUAAUCAAGGUGAUGUGUUCCUGCUGGACCUGGGGAGCCUGAUCAUUCAGUGGAAUGGACCCAAGAGUAACCGAAUGGAGAGGUUAAGGGGAAUGAACCUAGCAAAGGACAUUCGUGAUCGAGAGAGGGGUGGUCGAGCACAAGUGACUGUAGUGGAAGCAGAUGAUGAGAAAUCUUCAGAGGAAGCAAUGAAAUUGAUGAUUCAGGAACUGGGGGAGAAAAAGCACAUCAGAGAUGCCAUCCCAGAUAAUAUCGUGGAUGAGAAACUCAAGACUGCCAUUAAACUCUUUCAUAUUUCAGAUGCACAGGGUAACCUUGUAGUGCAGGAAGUGGCAGUGAAACCUCUCACACAAGACCUACUUAAAACUGAGGACUGCUAUCUGCUGGAUCAAGGCGGAAUAAAGAUCUUUAUCUGGAAGGGCAAAAAGGCAUCAAAAACUGAGAGAGCAGAAUCUCUGAAGAAAGCAGAGGCCUACAUAAAGGCAAAAGGAUAUCCUGCAUCCACCUAUGUAGAGACAGUAAGCGAAGGAGCAGAAUCAUCAGUGUUCAAGCAACUCUUUCAGAAGUGGACAGACAAGGGACAGACAGCUGGAUUGGGCUCCACUCACAGUCCAGGAAAAAUAGCCAAGGUUGAGCAAGUUAAGUUUGACGCCACCUCAAUGCAUGCCAGACCUGACUUGGCUGCACAGCAGAAAAUGGUGGAUGAUGGGUCGGGCGAAGCUGAGGUAUGGAGGAUAGAGGACAAUGAGCUUGUCCCUGUGGAGAGGAAGUGGCUCGGCCACUUCUACGGUGGGGACUGUUACCUCAUUCUCUACAAAUAUGAAGUCAACCGCAAACUACACUACAUUCUGUACAUGUGGCAAGGCCGCCAUGCAAGAACAGCAGAGCUGACAGCCUCUGCAUAUCAGGCUGUGAUCCUGGACCAGAAGUACAACGGGGAACCGGUGCAGGUCCGUGUUCCCAUGGGAAAGGAGCCUAUGCACCUAAUGGCCAUUUUCAAGGGCAAAAUGGUUAUUUAUGAGGAAGGAAGUUCCAGAGAAGGCUCCUCCCAUUCUCAGCCAUCAGUAAGACUGUUUCACAUUCAUGGAACGAAUGAGUUCAACACACGUGCCACUGAGGUGCCUCCGCGCUCAUCUUCUCUGAACUCCAACGAUGUGUUUGUGCUCAGCACAGAUAAGAGCUGCUACCUGUGGUAUGGCAAGGGCUGCAGUGGAGAUGAGAGAGAGAUGGCCAAAACGCUGGCUGACAUCAUCUCCAAGAGGGAGAAGCAUGUUAUUGCAGAGGGUCAGGAACCAGCUGACUUCUGGGUAAACCUUGGUGGAAAGUCUCAGUAUGCCAGCAGCAAAAGACUUCAGGAUGAGAACUCCAGUAUCACACCCCGGUUGUUUGAGUGCUCCAACCAGACGGGUCGCUUUAUAGCGACAGAGAUUACAAACUUUAACCAAGAUGACCUGGAUGAGGAUGACGUGAUGUUGCUGGACAUCUGGGAUCAGGUGCACCUGUGGAUCGGCAAAGGUGCCAAUGACAAGGAGAAGCAUGAAGCAGUGGUUACAGCACAGGAAUAUCUGAAGUCCCAUCCUGCAGGGCGUGACCUGGAUACGCCUAUCCUAGUGGUAAAGCAAGGGUUUGAGCCACCCACUUUUACAGGCUGGUUCCACGCCUGGGAUCCACAAAAGUGGAGUGGUGGGAAAUCCUACGACCAGCUUAAAGCAGAGCUUGGAGAUGCAACUGAUCUCAUCAAAAUUACUGUGGAUCUCACCCAGCCAACCUCAAACCAAACCAACUCAAGUAGCUCAACUCAAGGGGGUAACUUACCCCGUCCUGUCACGCAAUCCUUCCCACCAGAGAAGCUGGUGAACAUGCAGACAGAAGACCUGCCUGAUGGAGUCGACCCCACAAGAAAAGAGGACUAUCUCUCAAACAACGACUUUAACCUGAUCAUGGGGAUUUCUCGGGUAGAUUUCUAUGCUCUGCCAUCCUGGAAGCAGCUGAGCCUGAAGAAAGAAAAGGGCCUGUUUUAGGAUGGGCACAAAUACAUCCCUGUUCUACAAAACAGACUUCAUCUCAUGCUAAACUGUAUGAAUGCUAGUAGUGGUGUGAUGCAAAAACACUAGUCAGAAUCAUCCUUUUAGAGUUUUUAGAUUUUACUUUAUUUAAGUGUAUUGUUUUGCAAAUGCAAAUUGAUUUAUUUGAAAUUUCCAUAGGCCUAUGUUAUAAAGCAGAAUUAAUAACUUUAAACGUAUAAUUUUUGAACAGAAAAAAUGGACAAAAUGGGAAAAUUAAGUUUGCAAAUCUGUCUUUUUUACACAGGAUUUUCUAUUAAAGCUGCAUGGUAAACUUCCAAUGUAAUCUUUCCUUAAUGCACCUCAAGGGGAAACCUUCAAGCACUGACAAAAAGCUGCUUUACACUUAAGUGGCUUAAGCACUACAAUAAAUUUUAAUAUAUUUCAACUAAGAUACAAGUUUUUUUGUGAGGUUAAUCAUUUAUACUGAGUAUUAAUUACAAAAGACACUUGGAGACUUCUGUAUACUGUCUAAUGUGUAAUUUCCAUUGGUAUUAAUCAUUUACUGCAUAAGAGGC